AUGACCAUGGUGAAAUCGGCCGUAAAGAAGGGAGGAAAAAGAUUGACUCACCAAGAGGAUCCGAAAAUUAGGGAUGGAGUUGUUAAACAUAGGGAAAAACUAACAAGCAGACAAAAACAAAGGCUUAAGAAGCGUUUCCUGAAAUCUGAUGAACUUGUUGAAAAUAGGACAUCUAAAAAGUCAUCUGACAGUGUGUCUGCGACUCGAAGUGGAUUUUUUGAAAAUGACGGUGACGAACUUAUGGUUGAUGAUUUUGGACGUCUAUCGGAUUUGGAAGAAGACAUUGAGACAAAUGCGGAUUCUGUAGAACCUGCUUUAAUAAAUCGCGGUGUAAACCUUGAUCCUUUGGAACCGUGGAGCAAAGUUGGACUUGUUGUUUAUUCAUCACAAGUACCAUUAGGCGCAACACCAGAAUAUCUUGCCGGUCAUUAUAUACUUCAGGGAGCUAGUUCUAUGCUUCCUGUAAUUGCCUUGUCCCCUCAGUUAGGCGAGCGUAUCUUGGAUUUGUGUGCUGCGCCUGGUGGGAAAACAACUUACAUUGGCAAGUUUGCAAUUUAA